UUUUUUUGAAUUGGAUCGUAGUCAAUGCAAUACAUGAGCCCACUUUCCGAUCUAAAACCUCCGUUCAGUUCACUCCAAUCUGACGCCGGAAUCAAAAACCCCAGAGUCUCUUUCUGUGGUAUUUACUUCUAACAUUUUUAUCUGCGCCAUUACUCAUUGCCGUCUUCAGUGGAAUCGCAGUGAUGUUUAUGACCAGAUUUUUUGGGCGUUCGUUCCUGGCUGCUGCAAAAUCAGAGUCAUCUGCAGCUUCUGGAGCUGCUGCUACGAUGGCUACGUCAGGGCACAACCCUCUUGAGGAGCUUUUUGAGAAAGAUAGAACUCUUGAUGAUCAAAAACCUGUUUAUGGUCGAAGUUGGAAAGCUUCUGAACUGCGCUUGAAGUCUUGGGAUGAUCUUCAUAAGCUAUGGUAUGUUCUGUUAAAGGAGAAAAACAUGCUGAUGACUCAGCGCCAGAUGCUUCAUGCCCAGAACCUACAAUUUCCCAAUCCAGAGCGCCUUCCCAAGGUGAGGAAGUCAAUGUGCCGUAUCAAACAUGUACUCACAGAAAGAGCAAUUGAAGAGCCAGAUCCUAGGAGAUCCGCUGAGAUGAAGAGGAUGAUUAAUGCUUUGUGAUGUUUCCCAACUUAAUAUCAUUUGUUUGUAAGGCAGAUUACAUUUUUUUGGUAAUAUGUGAUAGUGCCUAUUUUCCUGGUUGCAAGAAUACAGACAGGUGGUUUACAAUUUGUUCACUGCUUGUUACAAAUUUGUAGAAGAUUCUUUUGGGUUGUGCUAUGACUGCUGGAAUAUGCUAUUAUGGUAGAGACAUAAUUUGAAUCUUAUUAUUUCUCCAA